AUGAAGCAAUUGCUGCCGGUGCUGCUAUGCCUGGCUUGCCAUAUAGGCACCUCACACAAGUUCAAGGGCGACCCCACCAGUGAUCAGGAGUGGACUGAUCUGGACAUCGCUUCGGAAGGGCCUGACCCGAUCAAAGAGUAUGGGCCGCAUGCAGACUUAUCGAUGGCCUUGUCUCUGGUUCUGACCAACCUCUCCAACUACUCCGGCUUGAUCAACUCUAGAGACAGACCCCACAACGCGAACCUCACUUAUUACUUUGGUGUGGAUCCUCAUCAGGACCUCUUGAUGCCUAUGACAAGGUCCAGGGGUUCUUUGAGGUCCUUCACGAGGUGCUGGGUGAGAACGCCUCACGCUACUGCCCAUUCCAUGCAGAGAUAUACAUCCCGAGUUGCAUUGAUAUUGCCGUGUGCCUGGUCUCUCGUGACGUUCCCAAAUACAUGCCAGCGGAAGCCUAUGCUUCUAUUCUGGAGCAGGUGA